GUUAAGGACGAAGAACGAGCGCAUCGUAUGCUUUCUUGCAAUUGAAGUCUGAAGCGCGUCUCGACGGUCGGCAUCGAAUCCUCCUUCUCGGUUGGUCAGACCCAGUUUCGCUUGUUUAACCAUUUUCCAUCGAUCUUUCCCGACUCGCUUCCGGCUUUCGACUCCCGGCAUCGACAAAACGAUCAAACCGGAAUCCAAAAAUCUAGUCGGAGAAGAACCGGCGAUCGCCAUGUGGGUGGAGAUCAUCUGCGGCCUGGCCGUCAUCAUGAUUCUCUGGCGACUCUUCUACGGCCACGACGCCGUCCCGGACGUCGCAAGCUCCGACUCCGACGCGAGCUUCGCCGUCGCCGCCAGGUUGGAGAGGCUCUAUGGUGGGAAGGCAUUCGUGGGGCUUCGAAUUCCCGAUCCCGACACCGGCUUCCGGCAGCAUAUUGACGUAGUUCUUGUCACCAAAAUGGAAGUGAUGGUGGUGGCAGUGAGGAACUUUUCUGGGUUUGUGGAGGCUGAGAAGGAUGGGAGCUGGGUUUGCAUCGGUGACAAGAAACAUAAGGCGGAAACCUAUCCGGAUCCUGUGCUUGAAGUUGGCAGACAAGUUGCAAUUCUUCAAUCAUACUUGGAGCAACGAGGGGUACAUUUGCCCAAAGGGCACAUAAUUGGCAAAGUUGUACUCCCAAAUCCAAAUUGCAGGCCUGCCUAUUCUAUUGCUUUUGAACCAGAGGUCAUUUCUUUUGAUAAAUGGAAAGAGCUCAAGCCAGAAUCAAAAGGUGGAGUAACUAGUUGGAUUAAAGAUGCAUUUCACAGAAGCAAGAGUGAAAUGCAGGAUGGGUCAUAUCAGCAGCUUAAUUUUAUUCUCCGUACAUCGCCUAUGUGGGACCGCUUAGAACUUAGAGGCGAUAGAAACAUUCUUGGUGAGUUCGUUGAAUUUAAAGGAAACCAGGAUGACAUGCAAGCUUUGAGCAAUCUGAAGAGAUCGAAAGUUAGCCAAUUCAUCAUCCAAAAGCCAACUAUGUUAGGUUUUGGUAGAUCAAGGCUCCAGCUCUUGUAUUCACCCCGUGAUUAUCGAAGUGAAGGGGCUCCUCCGGCUUCAGAAUGGAAGGAGGUUGCUGUGAAGCCAAAUACCGAGUUUUUGUUUCAGCCACUGAACUCCAAAAAACCUCGGAAGUUCAAGCUUUCAAGUGCUGUCUCAUUGACGCUCAGUGCCUAGCACCGUUGAAAUGUUAGGAGUUGAAGCAUUGCAAGUUUGAACAACCCCCAUGAACUUACUCAAAAUCUCUUGGCUUCUCUUGUUUCUGUAUAUGUAAAUCCCCGAAAAAUGUGUCAUGCUUCAUUUCCCAUGCUUUAGAAUGUCAAGCAGUCAUACCAUCUGAACACAUAUCUAGCCUGAUUUCCAUCUGAUCAUUGGAUCAGGCGAACUGUUCAUGUAAGAAAGGACCAAAUUGUGUAUAAUUCUCUCUCUUGCAUGGUGCAUAUUUUGAAUUAAUAUCUUUUUCUCGUCC